CCGAGCCCCGCGGAUGGCGCCGGCCGCCGGGUCCCGCGCGCGCGCCCUGUGGAGGGCCUGCAACGCGCUCAUGGCCGGCUUCUUCGCCCUGGCGGCCUUCGUGCAGGUCAAUGAUCCCGACGCAGAAGUUUGGGUUGUGAUGUAUGCGAUCCCUGCAGUAUUGACCCUGCUUGUUGGACUUAACCCUCUCGUCACAGGUAACUUCCUUUGGAAGAGUGCGUCUGCAGUACACAUGGCAGUUUGCGUGGUGUGGGCUGUGGGCCUGGCCUACCACUUCUUGCUUCACACGCAGCAGAACAUCUUGCAUGAGGAAGAAGGCAGGGAGCUGUCUGGCCUGGUGAUUAUCGCCGCAUGGAUGGGCCUGUGCCGCAGCUCAGCAAAGAAUCCAAUUGGUGGAAGAAUUCAGUUGGCUCUUGCCAUUGCAAUUGUUCUUUUCCCAUUUAUCUCAUGGAUCUACGUUUACACCAACAAGGAGAUGCAGUCUUCCUGGCCAACUCACUGCAAGACAGCCAUUUAAAUGAAUCCAAGCCGUGAUUUUUUUGAAUAUGAUCAGUAUUUUAUAAACACUAGGGUGACAGGCCAGUUUCCCAGCAGUUUAUUUCAGGUAAUUUAAGAUAAUCCUAGGAGGGAUGAUUUUUUUUUUUUUUUUAAAUGGAGGGAUCCUUGGCCGGUGCUGCGGCUCACUUGGCUAAUCCUCCACCUGCGGCGCCGGAACACCGGGUUCUAGUCCCGGUCGGGGCACUGGAUUCUGUCCCUGUUGCCCCUCUUCCAGGCCAGCUCUCUGCUGUGGCCCGGGAGUGCAGUGGAGGAUGGCCCAAGUCUUUGGGCUCCACACCCCAUGGGAGACCAGGAGAUGCACCUGGCUCCUGCCUUCGGAUCAGCGCAGUGCGCCAGCUGCAGCGGCCAUUGGGGGGUGAACCAAUGGUAAAGGAAGACCUUUCUCUGUCUCUCUCUCUCUCACUGUCCACUCUGCCUGUCAAAAAAAAAAGGGGGGGGUGUCCUUAACUACUUUUCAAGGCAGUGUGUGAUGUCAGGUUGGCUAAGACAGUGAGAGAUGGGGUCCGACAUUCUCUGGAAUCCUGAGGGGUGUGGUGUCUGGGUACAGUGGAAGAGGCACUAGAUCCUGAGUUAAGAACAUGAUCUAAUUCAGCGUCACCACUCUCCAUGUGACGAGGGACAAACACAGACACCUCCAGCACUGUGUUUCCUUGUCUAUAAAGUAGGAUUCGUACCGGAGCCCUACUUACUUAUUCAGCUGCAAAGAUCAAGUCGCUAGCUAGUAUGAGAGCCCUCUGAAAAUAUAAAGGGCUUGCAAAACACUGUACAUGAUCAAAACAGAGCUGGUCAGAGUAAGGGGAACACUGAAGUAGAGCUGAGAGGGCCAUAGCCCUGAACUGGCCUCAAGACUGAACGGCCACAGUGCCGUGAACUGAAGGAAGACGUGAGCCGAACGAACAAGCAGGUCUUGGAAAGAAAGGGAAAUUGGGUAGAAGCAAGCAAUUUGGGAUCCAUCGAGAAGGGAAGAGAGAAUAUUAAUUAGUCUGAGUAAUGGGACCAAAAUCUACGCACAUUUUUAAGAAAGGAACGCUGAAAGUCACUGAGGUAGGGGACUGUUUCAAAGCUGUAUUCUCCAGUGCAGCAGCCACCAGCCCCACGCUGCUAUGGAGCACUUGACAUGAGGCCGGCGUGACUGAAAAAUCUGGCUUUUCGCCCAUGUUAGAGUGAUCUUCCAUUAUUAGAAAACUUUUAAAUGUAUUUGAAACGACUUGAUUAUGUCAGUCUGUUUUUUCAACUGCAAAUUUUGUUUUCUAAGUAUGUAUUUCCAAUGAAAGUUUCAGUGUUCAAAUGAGUGAGCUGCAGGUAUAAUAUACCCACUAGAUUUUUGUAAAUGUACAAAAUGAAUAUAUUUUUAUAAUGAUGUUGAAAAGAAUACUUUAAAUAUAUCUGGUUAA